CUCUGCCUGUGUAUGACUAGUCACAGUCUAUGCCCGGGUUAUGCAAGGCGGGAUGCUUUGGGUGUUUUUCCAUUUGUAUUUGCCCCUGUAGCAGCAGCAGCAGCAAAGAGUAUAACUACAUACAAUAGGGUAGCAGUGUAACUCCAAUAGCAAAUUUCCCUAUAUACAUAUUUAUAAUUGUUUGGUAUAAAAAAGCUUGUAAGUACUUAAAGUUAACACCUACUUACUGUUAGCUUACAUAAUUAAGUAUCAUCAUGCACUUCCUUAUUGCUGCUGUUUGCCUGUGUUCAUGGAUACUGGCACCAGAAGUCCAAUCAGAGUUAUCAACACCGACGCAUGAAAAAACCAUAGCGGAUGGGAACACUGCCGAAAUUAGAUGCAGAGAAGGCGAUACCCGUAUGCGCGUGGAGAUUGUGGAUGCCGAGUACGAUGGAACCGGACCGCACUGCCAAGACCUUUCCAUUAGGAAUAGUUUAACGGGAGCCUGUGAUGGUAAAGUCGCGUGCAGUAUCCGGGCAAAGGAUCCCUCGCACGAUCGGGGAUGCAGAUCUCGUCCAUUAAAAGUGCGCUACACCUGCUCUGAUCCAAGAGACCGCUCAUUCGACAACGGCUAGCAACUCUUCUUGUAUCACUGGACUGAAUAAUCGAAAGUUUAAUCAAAUUUCCACAUUCUCAAAAUAUAGGAAUGUGGUAUGCAAUCAAGUCUUUUGAGGCGGCAAUUGAGUGUCAGAUGCAGUACGUCAUACUGAUACAUACCAUUAUGCAUGGCGCUAUUAUUGAGCACUUCUGGUUAUGAUAAUAAUUUCGAUUAAAUUAAGGCUGCAUAUUUGAUAGCUCAGAUCAGUCACGACUCACGUGCAACACAUGAUUCAGAGAGAAAAACACGGGAA